GAUGUUCAUACUAUUCUGGAUUACACUGAGGAGGAGUACUAUCUGAAUGACGAGUACCAUGAAUUCAUGAACAAGGAACGUUUAGACGCUGAGCUGAAUAGGCAGUCGACGUUCAAGAAGUUUGUCUCUGAGCUGUUAGAGAACAUCCUCAGCUCAAAACCUAAUAUCAAGGAGAUAAACAACUCAAACCACUACAAUGCGUCCAACGUAUACCAGAAAACAAGAAAGCAUAGGAUGCCGACACUUUCAGGGAAACUACGUGAGAACAAUGGGAAGAUACAAGUAUACGAGGGCCAUUUACGUGACAACAAAGACUCGGAACAUGUCAGAACGAAGGAAUACUUAAGAAGUUACCUCCAACUCAGCCCGGAGGAAUUACAAUCCAUGAAGGACUCCCAUAAGAAGUUCUUGCAAAAGAUGCCUGAUAAGUUCCCUGAGGGAUUGGGUAACAGGUUCAGAGGUAGGGGUAUACUGUACGUUGGUGGAGGCAAAUACGACUGGCUUGUUCUACUCUCUUUGAAAAUGCUCAGAGAUUCCGGUUCCAAAUUACCAGUUGAGGUUUUCAUUCCAAAAGGUAAUGAAUUCUCAUUUGACCUGUGUAACGUUGUGUAUCCAUUGUUGGGUGCGAAAUGCAUACUGAUGCAAGAUUACUUUUCUUCUCAUAAUUACAAAUUCAAAAGUUACCAGCUGAAAUCGAUGGCCCUGUUGUUGACCUCCUUUGAAGAGGUUCUUUUCUUGGACUCUGAUAACCUGCCAAUCAAGAACCCAGAUAUAUUGUUCUUCAAUGAACCUUAUAAAUCCACUGGAAUGGUGAUCUGGCCAGAUUUCUGGAGACGUUCUACGAGUCCAAUGUACUACGAUUUGGCAGAUAUCCAAGUCAAUGAAACCCAUCAAGUGAGAUUCUCCUAUGGUGACGAGCGUGACCAUCCAACGCCUUUGAAUACACACGAGGAUUAUGAGUGGAAAGUCUCUUACCACGAUCUGGAAGGCACAAUACCUGAAGCCUCAUCAGAGGCUGGCCAGAUGCUAAUUAACAGAAGAACCCAUGCUAGGGCUUUGUUUCUCUCUUUGUACUAUAACUUCUACGGACCACAGUACUACUACGGAUUGUUCACUCAAGGACAAGCCGGUGAGGGAGAUAAAGAGACAUUCAUCGCAGCAGCUCAUAGAUUGGGACUUCCCUAUUAUCAAGUUCAGGAAUAUAUCCGUGAAUUCGGUGAAUUUGUCGGAGACUCGAUGCUCAUUGCCACUAUGGGACAGUAUGAUCCAAUUUUAGAUUACCUGCAGAACCAAUCGUUCGAGAAGUACAAGGAUGACGAAUGGAACAACAACAAAGAAGGGAAAAAGUAUCCAAGACAUCUAUUCAAGAACUCUGAGUUGAUGUUUUUGCACUGCAAUUGGCCAAAGCUAUACCCAUGGAAUAUCGAAGGACAAGGCCGUCGUAAAGUCUUAGAUGACAACGGAAAUCCGAAGAGACUUUAUUCUGACGUCUUAUCCGAUGAGACCGGGUUUGAUGCAGAGGCAAAGAUCUGGAGUGCAAUGCAUUGGUUAUUGUGCAAGUACGGUGCUCUCACUUUGAAAGGUACCGACAAGGAUCCAGUCGAGUGGUGUAGUAAAGUAUCAGCUCAUUUGGAAUGGCUACAAAGUUCCAGAGAUGGAAGAGGAGGAGGAGCGCAUACGGCCCAGACCUGAUCCCUCUUGUGUAUCUCUGAUUGGCGUACAUUUGUAACAAUGGGCAAUGUAACCAUAUGAACAGGCCAAUAAGCUAAUUUUUGCGAGAAUGGUACUAUGGUUAUGAGCAGUAUCAAAGUACUCACGACUCUGUUCUCAAAGCUUCACGAAUUUGCUCUGAUCUUAUUUUGCUCGUCACAGCAGUCUCCGUCACAAGAACAAAACAGUAAAACACAGCAUUACAACAAUAUAUUCAACUCUGGUCCUUUUAUAUAAUAUAUAUAUAUAUAUAUAUUUUUGUAUAGCUAUGUGAUAAUUAUUAGUAGAAUGAUACUAAUAUAAAUAGCAAACCCCCUUCAAAUCUCC